AUGCCUGCCUCCAUUGGUGUUCUGGCUGGCAUGGGACCAAGAUCGACAGCUCCAUUCGUUGAUAUGCUAAUACAGGCAUGCCAAGAUCUGUACGAUGCUAGAAAUGAUAUGGAUUUUCCCAAAAUGCACAUAAUUUCGCUUCCAACUCCAUUCUAUCCUGGAAUACCGGUGAUUGACAGAGAUAUGGCAAAUGCACUCAAGAGGGGAAUUGCUGAACUUGUAAAAGUUGGCGUGGACUUGAUUGUAGUCCCUUGCAAUUUGGCACACGUAUAUUUCACAGCGAUGAUUGAGGCCAGCAAGGAUAUCCCGCUGCUACAUAUAGCAGACUGCGCACUAAGAAGACUUCCAGCUCAAAUAACGCAUGUAGCUAUUAUCGGCGCUGCGCCAACCUUGGAAUCAGGAAUUUACCAGCAUCGUAUUAGGGCAAAGGGAAAAGUCGUUGUCAAUACUAUCAGACUGCAGGAGCUAGCGACAGAGCUUAUAAGCCUAGUGAAGGAAAGGGGGUUCAUUGACAAGCAGGUCGAAAAUACCUGGAGAAAAGUGCUUUCAGAGGCAAAGCAAGGAAAUGCAGAUGCCAUUCUUGUUGCAUGCACUGAUAUUAGUCCGUUAAUUACAGAAGACCAGUCCUUAGUAAUUAUUGAUGCGGCCGUGAGUUUGGCAGAAGCGGCAGUGCACGCAUCUUAUUCUUCGCAUUGUCAGAUCCUAACUUUAACUGGCUCAGUUACUUAA